AUGUCACAAAUAUCAGAAAACGUCCGCCUGAUGUUAGUACAACUUCUACCUGCGUCUAUUAUAAACGAUAUUAAAUGUUUUGCGUUUUACGAUAAUCAUCCUCGAGAUGAGAAGAAUAUUGAUAUUACGAUAUGUACUGGUGCAGGAGAGGUUAGAGAGUACUUUCAGCGAGAUUUGGUGUCUUCUGUCAACCUCCAAAAUGAGGGAGUUACCACAGAAAUCAAGUUAAUAAGAAACAAACGGUGUGAGCUUUUCUAUUUAGUGGCAGGCGGUGGUGAACUUACUAUAUUAUCCCGAAAAGAAAAAUUAAAAAUACAUGAAAGACUAAUUGGUGUCUGUAAUUACAAAAUAAGUGAUUCUGCGUGCAGUGGUGAAGCAGUACUGAACGUUUUUCUUAAGUAUAGUGAAAUCCCAGUUGUACCGGACGAUAACUUUAAAAAUUUUAAGCCUUUAGAAUAUUCUUCUAGUCCUUCCUGCCCACUGCUGAAUGAACCAAUAGUAACACAAUUGAAGAUAAAAUUAACAGAAGCUAAGUUUACUGUUAAAUCUAAUGAGCAGUCUCUUAAAGAAUUCUUACAUCUUCGGCAGCUAAUCUGUUUUUCGGUAUAUACGAAGAUUCACCCUAAAUUAGGUGAUUCUUUAUUUAGCGAUAAUCUGAAUGAGGUGGGUAAUGCGUUGAAUAUUUUUACUCAAAAGCCAUGGAUCAAAACUUGCAAUAACAAGAUUGUUAUUGUUCACACUGUCUGCAAUGGUAAUGAAGAGCCCUUAGAAAACGUGCAAAUACUUAUUCAUGGAACAACAGGAAAAUCAAUAGAAUACACAACAAAGAUAUUUGAAAAAAUGAGUACUCCACCUUUUUGGAAAGAGACACAGUCUCAAAAGUUAUUAUGUAAUGUAGAAUCGGCUUUAGUUGUAGUUGUUGAUUUGAAAGAACUGAAAGAUAAUAUUAUCAGAAGAAUAGAGUGGAAUGAAGUCAUAAUUUAUAAGAAUGAAGAACACGAAUGCAUACUCCCAAUUGAUGCUGUAACACUGUCCUCUAAGGAUAUAAUGGGAGAACAGUUUGAUGUGAUGUGCAAUGAUCUUUCAGAUAUUAACAUAAUCCUAGCUGUAUUAGCAACAACGGAGAAAACUGAACUCAUAUUACGCCACAUAAAGAGGUCUAAUGAGCAGAAUGUAACUAUUGAUAUGUUCUAUAAAUAUUUAAAUAUGGAAAGAGUUCCUAAUUCUGAUAACAUAGUGGUGCACAGAAAGUCUCCCUAUCAUGCACUAAAUGGUCUUAUGAUUAUCUUAGAAGGAAGGAAUGAAGAAACAGGUCAACUAGCAGUAGCUGUUUACUCCAGGUGUCCAUCACAAACUUUAGCUUUGGUUCACUACAUACAAGAUGCUGUACCAUUAAGAAUUAUAACUACAACGCCUAACUAUAAAAUUACUUCAAAGAGUGACACAUUCUCAUCAUAUAAUGAAAAUACAGCGAUCGUUUCUGAACAAGGUCCAAACUACAUGAGCUAUGCCACAUCUUUGUUGAACCGUACCUCUCUAGUGCUUGAUUAUCUAGAUAAUUCCAUGAUAAGUAUGUGUGAAUCAAACGAUGCCGUGGUUCUAAAUAAAAUUGGCACCGAAAUAGACCUCUUUGCUCAGGGUGAAGUUGGUCUUCAUGAAUUUAAGAAGAAAAUGUGGGACGAGGCGAGGAAGGGAGUGGAAAUUCUAGCAGAGAAGAGAGUAUCGGUGCCUGUAUCUGGUGGGAUGUCUGUGGACUGA